GGCAGCUGCAUUAGAACAACGUCCCAAUGACUGACACACCCCUCCAUAAACCCCAGAUCUCUGUGCCCAUCAGCCCCUCUCCUCCUUCCUUUUCCCCUGAGGAGUGCACUGCCUCUUUAAAACCCAACUCUGAGGGCUGUGCUCAGUGGCCCACAAAAGGUUCGGAUUGUGGCUAUUCAGUGGCCUUUCUCCAGGGAAGGGAGGGGAGAUGAGACAGACGGGAGGCUUGUCCAGCUGGGGCCACCAAGCGAAACCCUCAGAUGGCCAGUAAUGAGCCAGCACUGUUCCCACCCAGCCUGCUGCUGAAUGGCCUUCCUCUGUCCCUGCAAAGCCCCGUGGGGGCUCUGUGGGCUCAUCCAUGGGGGCACCUCCCUCAAUUCUCUGGUCCCCUUUCAUGCUUCCAGGCUGGUGCCCCCUCCUGGCUCCCCAUCAAUCACCCUGUCUUUUCCCAGGCCCUCUGCCUUCUCCUGUCACAAGCUGUUGUUCCCGCGCCUUUGCUCUCUCCUUGUUUCCCCGUGGGUAUGUUUUGUCCUCCAGCUUGACCGUGAGCUCUUCAAGUGCUAAGAGCGUGUCUUUGCUUUCCCUGUGACUGGCACCCAGAGCAGAGCUCUGCACACACAGGAUGCUCACUGGAUGCUUAGCGAAUUAUUUGCUGCCCCUCCUACCAGCCCAGGACACACCCACUCGUCCCACCUGUGUGUCUCUCUCCUCUACAGUAACCCUGUGUUCUCCACCCCAGAGGGCUUGCCUGGGCCCCUGCUCUCCAUAUCCCUGUGCAGUUUCAACCCCCAGAUGCCUCCUUACAACUUCACUGGCUUUUCGUCAGCACCUCCCUGUCUGCCUACCUGCUGGAGGGUGGGGACUGGCCGCAUCCAGAGGAAGGAGGCCCACCUCUGUCCUUAGAGAAGUAGGAUGCUCCCUCACUGGGUAAUGGCUCCUGUGGAAAGACAUCAUGUGCUGGGGAAGGUGCUGAGGAAAAGUGAAGGUCCAGCUGGGAAAGCACUCGAAGGGUGUGGAUUUGACACUGUUGCUUAGGAGAACCCUGGGGCUUGGUCAGAGGAGUCCUGUCUUCUCUCCUUCCAACCCCCAGAGACCCAGGAUUUAGCACCCAAGGGGUCAUAGGCCAAAGUGAAGUCCACAUCUGAGACUCUUAAACACUUUUGGAUCUCUCAUGUUGAAUGGGAUGAACAAGGCUAGCUGCUUUUUCUGGGAGAUUGGUCUCACCUAGGAAGUGUUCUGAGACCCCAGAAAGAAUCUAGCACUGGAGCGUCUUUUCCUCGUGGACCCUCCCCAUCAAACAGAUGCAUCAGUUAAGGCCAGAGCAAAAUCUCGAGUUGUUUACAGUUGCAGGGCUGGUCGGGAACAGAGCUAGGAUUAGCACUGGGCUGCCCUGCCUUCUCUCUUCAAGCAACCCAGGUUUGCCGGGUGCGAGCUCUCCACCCCGACUCCUGGUGGGCUGACCUGAGCCUUGCUGGGUGCUGUGGUCCCAGUGGUGACACUGAGUAGAAGGGGCUAGUCUGAAUAGCUCCCCACUUUCCUCUGCUCCUCAACGUUCCUGUCACGUCUCCUGUCUCUCCCUCUGGUGUUCGGUUGACCUGUUCUCUGCUUCUCCUCCUUCUGGCCGCGUGAGGACCCCUCCUCUGGACAGGAGCUGGCUUCUGGGUUACCGCCUGCUGCGCCUGCUUGCAGCCGCCAACUAGGUGACUGUGUGCUGGGUGAACGAGGCUGGGGACAGUUCCACGCACUGCCUCUCCCCACAGGCUGAGCACGCCGGGGUCCGCACCUACUUCUUCAGUGCCGAGAGCCCCGAGGAGCAGGAGGCCUGGAUCCAGGCCAUGGGGGAGGCUGCCCGAGUACAGAUCCCCCCAGCCCAGAAGUCGGUGCCCCAAGCUGCACGUCACAACCACGAGAAGCCAGACUCUGAGAACAUCCCACCCAGCAAACACCACCACCAACCCCCCCAAAACAGCCUUCCCAAGCCUGAACCAGAGGCCAAGACUCGAGGAGAGGGUGAUGGCCGAGGCUGCGAGAAGGUGGAGAGGAGGCCUGAGAGGCCUGAAGUCAAGAGUGAGCCUCUGGUGAAAGCCAAUGGUGUCCACGCUGGACCAGAACCAGCCUCAGACCCGGGCAGCCCUUACCCUGAGGGCCCAAGGGUCCCAGGAGGGGGGGAGCAGCCCACCCAGCCCAAUGGCUGGCAGUAUAGCUCCCCAAGCAGGCCAGGGAGCACAGCUUUCCCACCUCAGGACUCAGAGAGUGGGGGGCACCGGCAGAGCUUCCCGCCACGUGCCAACCCCGACAAAAUCGCCCAGCGCAAGAGCUCCAUGAACCAGCUUCAGCAGUGGGUGAACCUGCGCCGAGGGGUGCCCCCUCCUGAGGAUCUUCGGAGUCCCUCUAGGUUCUACCCUGUGUCCCGUAGGGUCCCUGAGUAUUACAGCCCCUACUCCUCCCAGUACCCUGAUGAUUACCAGUACUACCCGCCAGGGGUACGGCCGGAUAGCAUCUGCUCCAUGCCGGCCUACGAUCGGAUCAGCCCACCCUGGGCCCUGGAGGACAAGCGGCACUCCUUCCGGAAUGGAGGCGGCCCCGCCUUCCAGCUGCGGGAGUGGAAGGAGCCUGCCGGCUAUGGGCGGCCGGAUGGUACCACCUGGAUCCCCAGCCCCUCCCGGCAGCCUGUCUAUUACGAUGAACUGGAUGCCGCCUCCGGCUCCCUGCGCCGCCUGUCCUUGCAGCCCCGUUCCCACUCUGUGCCCCGCUCGCCAAGCCAGGGGUCCUACAGCCGCGCCCGCAUUUACUCCCCCGUCCGCUCACCCAGUGCCCGUUUCCAGCGGCUGCCGCCUCGCAGUGAAGACAUCUAUGCUGACCCUGCUGCCUAUGUGAUGAGGCGGUCCAUCAGCUCCCCCAAGUAUGAUUACCUGGGAGACAGGCGGCCAGUCCCUGCAGGACUGUUCCCCUACAACUACCCACCAUCCCCCACGGUCCACGAUAAGAUGAUGAGUGAGAGUGAGACUCUCAUCAGUAUGGUGAACCGCAUGGUGGAGAACUCCUCCCCCAGGGCCCAACUCUUCAUGCAAGUCCCUCCAUACCCAGAAGUGUUCCGGGACAGCCUCCACACCUACAAGCUAAACGAGCAAGACACAGAUAAGCUGCUGGGCAAGUUGUGUGAGCAGAACAAGGUGGUGAGGGAGCAGGAACGGCUGGUGCAGCAGCUCCGAGCUGAGAAGGAGAGCCUGGAAAGUGCCUUGAUGGGGACCCAUCAGGAGCUGGAGAUGUUUGGAAGCCAGCCUGCCUACCCGGAGAAGCUGCUGCACAAGAAGGAGUCGCUGCAGAACCAGCUCAUCAACACCCGGGUGGAGCUGUCUCAGGCAACCACGGCCCUGGCGAACAGCACCAUGGAGUACGAGGGCCUGGAGGCAGAGGUCUCUGCCCUGCACGACGAGCUCUGGGAGCAGCUCAGCUUGGACCUUCAGAAUGAGGUGCUCAACCGACAAAUCCAGAAGGAGAUCUGGAGGAUCCAGGAUGUGAUGGAGGGGCUGAGGAAGAAUAACCCAUCCCGGGGCACAGACACAGCCAAGCACAGAGGAGGACUUGGCCCCUCAGGCACCUACAGCUCCAACAGCCCCGCCAGCCCUCUCAGCUCCACCAGCCUCACCAGCCCCCUGAGCCCUUUUUCAUUGGUGUCUGGCUCUCAGGGGUCCCCCACUAAGCCCGGGUCCAAUGAGGAGCCUGGCCCCCCGCGGCCUCCCCUCCCCAAAGCCUACGUCCCCUUGGAGUCUCCUCCCACUGUGCCUCCACUCCCUAGUGAGAGCCGCCUCUGGCCAUACCCCAACUCCCCUUCCUGGCAUCGCAGUGGCGAGACAGCCAGGGGUCAGCCCAAGGCAAGCUAUGAGCAAAGCAAGAAAGACCCCCACCAGACAUCACCCCUGGACACCACUAGAGACAUCGGCCUUGUGCCCACCAGGCAAGAGGUGGAAGCAGAGAAGCAGGCAGCUCUCAACAAAGUUGGCAUUGUGCCCCCUCGGACAAAGUCACCCACUGAUGAAGAAGUGACCCCAUCAAGGGUGGUGAGGAGGAGUGCCAGUGGGCUCACCAAUGGACUCUCCUCCCGGCAGGAGCGCCCCAAGAGUGCUGUGUUCCCUGGUGAGGGCAAGGUCAAGAUGAGCGUGGAGGAGCAGAUUGACCGCAUGCGGCGGCACCAGAGCGGCUCUAUGAAGGAUAAGCGGAGGAGCCUGCAGCUCCCGGCCAGCCCGGCCCCCGACCCCAGUGCCCGGCCUGCCUACAAAGUGGUGCGCCGUCACCGCAGCAUCCACGAGGUGGACAUCUGCAACCUGGAGGCAGCUCUGCGGGCAGAGGAGCCUGGUGGGCAGGCCUACGAGACACCACGGGAGGAGAUUGCCCGGCUCCGCAAGAUGGAGCUGGAGCCCCAGCACUAUGAUGUGGACAUCAGUAAGGAGCUCUCCACCCCAGACAAAGUCCUCAUCCCUGAGCGGUACAUUGACCUGGAGCCUGACACUCCCCUGAGCCCAGAGGAGUUGAAGGAGAAGCAGAGGAAGGUGGAGAGGAUCAAGACGCUCAUUGCCAAGUCCAGUAUGCAGAACGUGGUGCCCAUCGGCGAGGGGGACCUUGUGGACGUGCCCCAGGACUCAGAGAGCCAGCUGCAGGAGCAGGAGAAGCGGAUUGAAAUCUCCUGUGCCCUGGCGACCGAGGCCUCCCGCAGGGGCCGCAUGCUGUCUGUGCAAUGUGCCACCCCAAGCCCUCCCACCUCCCCUGCCUCCCCGGCUCCACCAGCCAACCCCCUAUCGUCUGAAUCCCCACGGGGCGCCGACAGCAGCCAUGCCAUGCGGGUCUGAGCUCUGACUGCAAGCCCUGGCCGAGGCCAACGCCGUGAAGCUCCACAGAGCCACGUUCUGAAGCCCGCCUCUGCCCAUCCUGGCCCCCUGGCCCCCCGCCCCUGUGCUCCCAU